AUGUUGUUUGUUGACGAAUUGCAAGCUGUCGGCGCCAACUGUAAAUGUGCCAACUAUUUCCUAUGGACUGCAUUUGGCUUUGGUAUUAUUAAAUUGACUACAUUUGUUUUAAGGUUUUUGUCCUUGAUAUUUGAUAUAUUCCUAUUACCUUCAACGGAUUACUCCAAAUAUGGUGCCGGUAAAGGUUCAUACUGUGUGAUUACAGGUGCCAGUGAUGGUAUUGGUAAAGAAUUUGCACGUCAAAUGGCCGCUAAAAAAUUCAACCUUUUGUUGGUCUCUAGAACUUUGAGUAAAUUGGAAGCCUUACAAGAGGAAUUGCAAAAAGAAUUUGGUGUCACCGUCAAAACUUUGGCAUUUGACGUUUCACUUGAUCAAAAUUCUAACUAUCUGUCCCUGCAAAAAAUCUGUGAUGAAUUACCAGUGACGGUUUUGAUCAAUAACGUUGGACAAUCACACUCUAUUCCAGUUCCAUUUUUGGAGACAGAAGAAAAAGAAUUGAGAGAUAUCAUUACCAUUAACAAUACCGCAACCCUUUUGAUUACGCAAAGUGUGGCUUCAAGCAUUGUUCGUCAAGCAUCAAAGGGUCAUACAAAGGGAUUAAUCUUGACCAUGGGAUCCUUUGGUGGAUUGAUCCCUACACCAUUGUUGGCAACUUACAGUGGAUCCAAGUCUUUCUUACAGAACUGGUCAAAUGCCUUAGCCGGUGAAUUGAAACCUGCCAACGUGGAUGUUGAAAUUGUCCUUUCCUAUUUGGUCACCAGCGCUAUGUCAAAGAUCAAACGUAGCUCUGCAAUGAUUCCUAGCCCCAAGAAUUUCGUCAGAUCAACCCUCUCUAGUGUUGGCCAUCGUUCUGGGGCUCAGGAAAGAUUUGCUAGUUUAACUCCGUACUGGUCACAUGCUCUAUACCAUUUCGUUAUUGAGGAAACACUCGGUGUCUAUUCUAAGAUGGUUAACUCCAUCAACUACGGAUUCCACAACUCAAUUCGUCAAAGGGCCAUUCGCAAGGCUCAAAGACUAGCUAAAUCUCAGUAG